UGCAGCGCAACGCGUUGACUGUACAGUGUGGAGGAGAGGAGGAACGAGGAUGAUGGGAGCGAAUCGUAUUCCACUCAAGUGACCCAUAUCUUACAGUAGACCCAGAUAUUAUUUAGCCUACUUCUUGUUCUCGAGGAUUUUUCUCCGUGAAGAUGUCGGCGUCAGCGAUAUUUAUCCUGGACCUGAAGGGAAAGGUUCUGAUUUGCCGUAACUACAUGGGAAACAUGGACAUAAAUGUGAUCGACCAGUUCAUGCCCAUUCUGAUGAAGAGAGAAGAAGACGCUGAGAUGACGCCGCUGAUCAGCCAUGGCUCCGCACACUUCAUGUGGAUCAAACACAACAACCUUUACUUGGUGGCAAUCACUAAGAAGAAUGCUAAUGCUGCUCUCGUGUACUCCUUCCUUUAUAAAAUAGUACAGGUAUUUAAGGAGUACUUUAAGGAGCUUGAGGAGGAGAGCAUUCGCGACAACUUUGUGACGGUGUACGAACUGAUGGACGAGGUGAUGGAUUUUGGGUUCCCUCAGACGACUGAGAGCAAGAUCCUACAAGAGUACAUUACACAGCAGGGCCAUAAGUUAGAGGUCGGGGCACCGCGACCUCCUGCCACCGUCACCAAUGCUGUGUCCUGGCGGUCAGAGGGCAUCAAGUACAGAAAGAAUGAAGUGUUUAUGGAUGUUAUAGAGUCAGUAAAUCUUCUGGUGAGUGCCAGUGGCAGUGUCCUGCGCAGUGAAAUAGUGGGUAGCAUCAAGCUCAAAGUGGUCCUGUCAGGGAUGCCUGAACUUCGACUGGGCCUCAAUGACAAAGUGCUGUUUGAGCUCACAGGCAGAGAGAAGAGCAAGACAGUGGAGCUGGAGGAUGUGAAGUUUCAUCAGUGUGUUCGUCUGUCACGCUUUGAGAACGACCGUACCAUCUCUUUCAUCCCCCCUGACGGCGAGAGCGAGCUCAUGUCCUACCGCCUCAACACUACAGUGAAGCCUCUCAUAUGGAUUGAGAGUGUGAUUGAGAAGUUCUCUCACAGCCGCGUGGAGAUCAAGGUUAAGGCUAAAAGUCAGUUUAAGAGCCGCUCCACUGCCAACAACGUGUCCAUUCUGGUGCCGGUGCCCAGUGAUGCUGACUCACCCAAGUUCAAGACCAGCACAGGCAGCGCCAAGUGGGUGCCUGAGAAGAAUGUGGUGCAGUGGAACAUCAAAUCUUUCCCUGGGGGUAAGGAGUACGUGAUGCGAGCACACUUUGGGCUGCCCAGCGUGGAGAGUGACGAGCUCGAGGCAAAGAGACCAAUCACAGUUAAUUUUGAGAUACCCUAUUUCACUGUGUCUGGGAUUCAGGUGCGCUACCUAAAGAUCAUAGAGAAGAGUGGUUACCAGGCGUUGCCAUGGGUGCGCUACAUCACGCAAAGUGGAGAUUACCAGCUCCGGACGAACUAAAGGGCACAGACGCUGCUAGACGAAUGGAUAUUUUCUUUCUCUGUCUGUCUUCGUCUCGCCUCCAUUUCUCCAGAUUUCUCUCUGCAGCGGACAGCAGAGGACAAGUGCAGGAGGACAAUUUUUUUUUCCUUCCCCUUACACUGAAUGGCAACAGGAUGUCAUCCCUUCCUCUAAAACUAACUUGACUCAGACGGGAAAGUGUGGUGCAACACCUCUGACCUGUAAUUUCUAUUUCAGAUUCCUCCGGUCUUCAGUAAAGCGUAAAUAAUAAACUGAGCCUCACUCUAAAUGAACAUGGAGGGCUCAUUUAGAGUGAAGUUUCUGGACUCAUUUUUUUCUAGUUUUCUUCAGAAAGGGAAAAAACAUGUUAUUGUAGUUUUCGAAACAUGGUCAAUUUGGGCUGCUCAGCUUGUCCAGUGGCUUUCUGCUGAGUACUAUGUAAUCUGACUGAUUAUGUAGUCCCAGUGUACAGCAGCUGUGAUUGUUUAUCACCACUUGUUAUUUCUUUAAGGGCCAUAAUGUUGCAGACUGGUGAUUUUUCUCUAUAUUGAAAAAUGCCAAGUACUCAAGUUACAUGUGGUUCCAGGCAGGAUCUUAGCUUCAACACAAAACCAGUCAGCAUCUUUAACAUUCGUCUUUCUCAAUCACUCCUAUGACCCGUCUUUCAUAUUCAGUGGUUGAUUUUUGUCCUCUCGGAGCAUGUUUUUUUUCUAGAACCUCUGUGUUAAGAUACAAUAGAACAUUAAGAUAUAAUAGAACCAUACCAAAUAUAAAAACAUCUAUUUAUAAAUAGACGCAGGCAUUGCCCCCAAAAAUGCCUGCGUCUCAUCAGCCCUAGCACUGUGAACUCCAGUGCACUGAAAUUAACACCAGCAACCAGAUCAAUGAUUAAUAAGGCACAAUAUUGUCAGAGGCAUCGGCAGUGUAACUCGACACACUCUCAUGGGGCCUGUAACCUUGUCCUUGUGCUCAAAAUCAGCUUCCAGCUCUGAGCACAUACUGAAGGAAUGAAAAAGGUGGGGGGGUUUGGGGGUUUCUUUUUUUUUAUCCUUAUAUCUGUUGUUUAUACUGUAAUCACUAAUCACUGCCAUGUGGAAAGGAGACUUUAAAGGAAAACAGAAGGGGGUACAAAGGUAAAAUUAACCUGAAGAGAGUUUGUGUGCAGAAUGUGAGAAUAUUGACAAAAUGGUGAAGAAUUCUUUCCCCCAGGAUUCUUCUCGACUCCCUCUACUGUGCACGCUUUUCACCACAUCAGUUCAGCUGCAUUGCUAACAACACAGAAGAGUCCUGAGUCAUUUUUACCAUGUUUGCUGUUAAAACAAAAACAUACUAUUACAAUCAGUCCUUUUCUUUUUUCAUGUGGAGACCUGUUUGAGACCCCAGUGACGAUUUUAAUAGAUCUGUGUUAUGUGUUUUGAUUAAUUUAUCAAGGACAAUUUGUCCAUAGGGAACAAAGGGAUAUAUUUGGAAAUAAAACAUUUUGUAUCUUGUUAUGGGA